GUGUUCCUGCUGCAUUCCUUGGAGUUGCUGAAAUUCGACCCAUUACAAUAUGGCGGCUGAACUGCCCAUCGUGUCAAUCAUGCCAGAAACCCGCCCAUGGACCUGCCGCGUUACAGUCGUGGAGAAGCAGAAUGUACGCACUGCAAAAGCUUCCCCCAUGAAGUUCAUGCCGAUGAUACUAAUGGAUGCUGCUGGGAACAGAGUGCAGGCUACUGCAUUCCAGGGUGAUAUUGAAGGGAUAAACCAACGCCUUGCGUUAUACUCGACGUAUCUUGUCUCAAAUGCGUAUGUGAAGGCGAUCACUGACAUGCGCUUCUGUGUUGACAGAGAAUACCCUUAUGUUUGGUCGUUCACACGCCGUACUUUGAUCCAAGAUGUUCCUGCAGAAGAAGGUCGGGACUUCCGUCAGCUGGCUGAGGCAGAUACCACCCCUUUUACUGAGAUGUACACUGCUUAUUUGCACGAAGAACGUAUCAAUGUUUUGGCUGCAAUUGUCAAGAAACUGCCGCGCACCUUUGUGUUUUCCAAUGGCGUGCAGAAACCAGCAUGGGAUGUGGUUCUCAUUGAUGCACAGUGCAUUCCAGUACCGUUUACUGUCUGGGAGGAAUUCAUCACCCGUCAUGGUUGUGAAAUUGAGAAGUACUUGCAAGCUGGUGAUUUCCCUCUACUGCUGAUUAACAGGGCUGCCAUAACCCUUUUCCAAGGUCUGGCUCUUUCAACUCGCUUUGACUCCCACAUCGAACUGAAUCCUGACGGAGAACGGGCAUUACAGCUGAAGAAAUGGGUCGGUGAAAACAAAGAAAAAAUAAAUGAAUUAUUGCAAGCGAGAGCAUAUGACGACGCACUUACAGUAAUUGCCAAGCCUUUUUCCCAGCCUUUAACUGCCCUUGCAGAUUUGGAAGGUGACCUGAAUGAGACGCCCAUUGUAUGGGUGUCUGGCAAGUUCCGCUUGUCAGAUACAUCCGAAGAGGGCUCCUACAUUGGUUGCGACUACUGCAACCGCAAGGUCCACGGAACAGAAGGUGUGGUUUUCCAGUGUUUAUUCUGCGGCCAGAAGAACGGCAAAACUGUCAAAAGGUACAUUUAUCCUCCAACAUGCAUUGUACUUCUUCAGAGUUGUUUGCUGACAUUAGGAACAAUGCAGGUUUAGGCUCAACGCUGCGUUGGAUGAUGGAACAAACGUUAUACCAGUCACACUUUUCACCAGCGAGGUCCUGCAACUGUUGAAAUUUGUCAAGGUGGACCCUGCAAGUGACAUCGACCUGGAAUCCUUAGCUGAAAACCUGCUUAGCAUUGCCGUUGUGUCCGGGGUGAAGCGGUCCAGGCCCAACGAUGAGGGUCUCCUCGGCAAUCCAUACGCCAUCGUCUGUGUCGCUCCUUUCGAGAAAACCACCCCCGGCUCCCCAAUUGAUAUCCCUGUUCCGCUCCCCACUGAAGUUGCCCCGUCAACUCCUUCAAAAAGAAAACUAAGCUUUGGGUCCCUGGGUGAGCUAACUGCUACACAGUCAUCCUCAUCGUCCAAGCAGGUCCUGGCAAAGGACAGUGUUCCGGAGGAGACACUUGCGAGCCUGCCCCCCAAACAAUGCAUGCCCAGCAACACUUGAUGAUCUGUGUAAAAUUUUUUUGCUGUGAUAUAAGGUGGACAAUGCAGCCUUCAAAGGAAAAAACUGUUUGCAGCUGAUGCAUGCCUGCAUUUCCCUCAAUCCCCCUUUUGGCACAUGUAGUUACGUAUAAUAGGCAGGAAGUAAUAGAGCAGGUGUCGCUUAACUUGUUUCUGUAUUGUGCAUAUGCUUGCACCCUUUCCUCACUGCGGC